CAGUUUACAACGUACAGGUGCCAGUCGAUCGCCUCGAGAUUCACGAUUCGUUGAACCUCACAACCGGUCCAUUUGCCGAGACGGAAUACUGUGUGCGCGUUAAAAAUUACGUACAGCCGAAUAUCAGCACGUAUCACUGCUGUAGAAACGCGUUUAUUCGUUGACUCAACAGUUGUACAUUCGCAUUGGAGGCAAGUGAUUGACCGUAAUCGUAACCAGACUCGAUAUCGGCGUAUCUAGACGAGCUCAUUGCACAAGCGGAUCGAGUAAGUCAAAAUAAUCGAAAUGGAUUUCACGAAAAAGUGCGCGUUCUUGCUGCUGCUUGGGCUGACCGUGACCUCGGCGUGGAGCCUGGACGAGGCUAAUUUUUUCGAUAAGGGCUACCGUUCGCUCUACCGCAUUUACGAAGACUGCCAGCUCCGCAGCGGGGGCGUAGCCCCCUGUCUCAAGAAGAAAGCGAUUAAUUUCUUCGACCGACUCGGACGCAUCGAAAAUCUUUCGAUAGCUGACAACCUCGAGCUAGUCAGAGUUCCCGGUGAAGCUUACAACGAGAACGCCAAUAACGGACGCAGCCUCGAGCGCGAUCUCGAGGUCGCCAUGGCUCGCAACGCUGGCGCGUCGAGGGAUGAUCUCUUGAACGACAUGCUUCUCGAUCGUUUGGCUAAUCUCAUGAACGCGUUCAACGUUCAGAUAAGAAUGCCGAAAACAUCGCCUGUCGAACUGAAACGAAGCAUCGAAGAAGGACGCGGCAAAAUGAAGAAGAUGAUGGGCAUGAUGAUGAUGGGAAUGGCCAUGAAGAUGGCUGCUCUCGUGCCAAUCGCAAUGGGAGUCUUGUUCCUGCUCGCUGGCAAAGCUCUCAUCAUCAGUAAAAUCGCUCUCGUCUUGUCCCUCAUAAUCGGGCUCAAGAAACUGCUGAGCCAAAAACAAGGCGGUGAUUCUCACCACAGUGGAUGGCAACAGAGCGGAGGAGGCGGCGGUUGGGACAGGAGUCUCAAGGAAGCUUCCGGGCUGAAUCCUCUUGAACACGAGAAGACCGAUUCGUCAUUAGAAUACGCGCAAAAUCUUGCCUACGGUUCGCAUAGAACGAACGAGAAAUAAAACAGCCAGAUUGGGAAGAUACAUUUUUCGGUCGUAUCAACUAAUACUCUUAGUGAUUAUCAAUUUAAGGCUUGUGCAAACAUUUUCAGCGAUUUAAAUUCGCUUCGAAUGACAGCACAAGCCCCAAAUUUUUGUCGCUCAACGGCAAUCCCGUACGAUUGCAAUCUCUCCGAGUGUGCGUACUCUGUAUUAGUCAUUUACGAGAACUAUGCUCGAAGAGCCCGUGAACAUUAACGGAACCUGCCGAGGGUCUAACGGACUUAACACAGAGAACGACGAUAAAUCACCUCCGCGUACUGACCAUUAUAUCGAAGACUCGACGAACAAACGACUGCUUACUGAAACUGUUAAAAUUCGACAAAAAAAAGUACAAUCAUUCCGACGAAGAAUCAUCAUCAAUGGCUAAACUAUUCGUAACAGCAUUAAUCAUAGUUAUUUACCAUAAUAGUGCAGUUUUCACUGUGACUCUAUUACGGACGAUACGUUUUCGAAUCGCGCGCACACAAAAUCUACUGUGACACAAUGACCCUGGGCUCAUAAAAAAGUGCAAAUUACUGAGAUUUCAGUAAUAUUAACGUCUACUAACACGAGGCCGUAACGGAGAGGAAAUAUUAUAUAUUUUUUUACACGAAACAUUCGAUCCUCGCAUACAAACAAAAUAUUACGAUUCUUUGGCAGCGAGGCACCGGUAUAGAUGCUUAAAGGACUUGCACAUGCAAAUUGUAUCUCCUGCACGUAGUUGGACAAGUCUUUCGAAAAUUUUUCAUCUCUACGAUCUUCACGAUUUGUUGUUUAUCAUUUCUUCUAGUGAAUUUGCCAUCGGAGUAGUCCAAUAGUUUGAAUUUUGCUUGCUCAGUUUAUAGACCGUGCGAAAGGUUCCAUUAAUUCGACGUUAUAUUUAUAUUCGUAAAGAACUGCUGAACCGUCAUAAGUGUAUUAUGGACGUGCUCAUAUCACCGGAACUCUAGUUCAUCUUCCGUAUGGUCUAUCGUGCUAUCGCUCAGUCGUACGACAUACUUAAAGUCCUUCACCACAUCUGGCACUCAGUGCUUUCAAUCAACGUAAAGUCCGUUAAUGCAGAAUAAGGAGAGUAUACAUGCAUGUCAAAAAAAAAAGACAAACAGAAAAACAGAACGUCUCUGUUGAAUCGUGAAGCAACCAGGCUUACACUAUGGAACUGGACUCAUACUGUUUUCCGUUCCUUCGUGUAAUAUUUGUUUACUUAGAAAAUAAUUUGUUAUGUAAGUGUAUUUAUUUUUUAUUGAUAACGAAAUAACUUAUUUCAUUUAAUCGAUCGAUGUAUCACCAGCGAGCAGCAAUGGUCCAGCGAAUAAAUAUACAAAUUUAUCGUAA